AUGGGAGCGGCGGCCGCGGCCCGGGCGGUGGGCGCGGGCCGCCUGGGCAAUUCCUUCUCUGCCACCGCCACUGCGGCUCGGGGGUGCGGGCCGGCCCGAGGCGGCGGACGAGGCGCCGCCUGAGCUCCGCCGAGGAGAGGGGCGGAGACCCCCGGGGUCGUGCGGGCGUCCUGACAGCCCCGAGUGCAGAAUGCCCCACAAGAUUGGAUUCGUGGUUGUCAGCUCGUCCGGACACGAAGACGGCUUCAGUGCCCGGGAACUCAUGGUCCACGCUCCGACUGUCAGCGGGUGGAGGUCGCCGAGAUUUUGCCAGUUUCCACAAGAAAUUGUUCUGCAAAUGGUGGAGCGGUGUCGAGUGAGAAAGCUGCAGCUGCUGGCCCACCAGUGCCUGAUCCCGAGCAAGGUGGAGUUCUACGUGGGCCAGAGCCUGCCCGAGCGCCUCGCGCCGCGCCCAGCCGAGCGCUUUCGAAGGCUUGGGUACGUGUCUCUCUGUGACAAUGAAAAGACAGGCUGCAAAGCCCGGGAACUGAAGUCCGUUUACGUGGACGCAGUGGGGCAGUUCCUGAAGCUGGUCUUUCACCAGAACCACGUCAACAAGUACAACGCGUACAACCAGGUUGCUUUGGUCGCAAUAAACAUCAUUGGAGACCCUGCAGAUGUCAGCGACGAAAGCGAUGUUGCCUCCAGGGAGAAGCUGAUUGACCACUACCUGGGACACAGCACGGAGGACCCAGCUCUCGAAGGAACUUGCACCGUGAAAUCUGACUAUAUCUCCCCGCUAGAUGACUUAGCUUUUGACAUGUACCAGGACCCGGAAGUGGCACAGAUUAUACGCAAACUAGAUGAAAGGAAGCGCGAAGCAGUGCGGAAGGAGCGUUACGACUACGCUAAGCAGCUGAAGCAAGCCAUUGCCGACUUGCAGAAGGUCGGGGAGCGGCUGGGCAGGUUCGAGGUGGAGAAGCGCUGCGCGGUGGAGAAGGAGGACUACGACCUGGCCAAGGAGAAGAAGCAGCAGAUGGAGCGCUACCGCAGCCGCGUGUAUGAGCAGCUGCGGCUGCAUGACCUGAUGGACGCCGAGCUGAUGCGAAGGCCUCUUGACCUGCCCCUACAGCCCCUCCUCCACUCUGUCAGCCCCCACCACCAGCAGCUGGUACCCUCACUGCCACCACCAGGAGAACGAGGGGCAGGAAGCCACCUUGCAGACCCCUUCCUGCAGGAGAAGCCUUCGGCCCCUGCCCCGGACGCUUCUCCUCAGUGCCCUGCAGUGGACCAGCCACCGCCCACCGCAGACCCUCCUCCCAAGACCCAGGUGAGUCCAGAGCGGCAAGCCCGCGGGUGCAGACCCGGAUCGGCAGGUGGGGAGGACGGCGCUGAGCCCUGCAGCCACCCUGUCCUCCUGCAGCCAGAGUCUCUGCCCUACGACGAGCGGCCUCUGCCUGCUAUCCGCCAGCAGCCCGGGGUGGCGGCUGUGGAGCUGGAACGGAGUGACAGGGACGGCAGUGAGGCCCCCAGAGCGGGCGCCGCAGGCGAGCCGGAGCCCUUGACGGAGAAGGUGUUGAGAGAGGCCAGCUCUGCCGUGGACGUGCUGGGCGAGGCCCUGGUGGCCGGCGCCUACUCCAGGUCGUGGUCACACCGGGAAGGCGCGCUGCUGGCCUUGUAUGAACAGCUGUCGGAGACGCCGGUCGGAACCCCGAGGGAGGACUUAAAGAACACGCUGCGGGCGUCCGUCUUCCUCAUCAGAAGGGCCAUCCGAGACAUAGUGACCCCAGUCUUCCAGGCGUCUCUGAAGUUGUUGAAGAUGAUCAUCACGCAGUAUAUCCCCAAACACAAGCUGAGUAAGCUCGAAACCGCUCACUGCGUGGAGAGAACCGUUCCCCUCCUGCUCGCGAGAACCGGAGACACUUCCGCCCGCCUGCGGAGCACGGCGUCCAAUUUUAUUCAGGAAAUGGCCCUGUGUAAGGAGGUCAGGUCUCUCCAGAUUAUCCCAGCUUACUUGGUCCAGCCGUUAAAAGCCGGCUCUUCAGCGCACCUGGCGAUCAGUCAGAUGGCCCUGCUGGCCCGGCUGCUGAGGGACCUGGGCACAGAGGGCGCGGGCUUCACCGUGGACAGCGUGAUGAAGUUUUCAGCACGUGCCCUGGAGCACAGAGUCCCCGAGGUCCGUGAGGCGGCGGUGCGUCUGAUCCUGGGCCUGUACGCGCAGCACCGGGCCGCGGUUCUGGAGCACCUGCCCCCGGCUGACAGCGCCACCCGCAAGAACGUUCUCUAUAAAACCAUUUUUGAGGGAUUUGCGAAAAUCGAUGGCCGACCCACAGAUGCGGAAAUUAGGGCGCAGAAGAGAGUGGCCACAGAAGAAGCAGAAAAACGGAAGGAGGAGGAGAUGACAGCCCUGCAGGGCCAGGCGGCGGCGCCGAGGGAGCUGCAGGCCCGGGCCCGGGCCCGGGCUCUGCAGGAGAAAGAAAGCGAAGCUGCCAAGGCGCAGGAUCCGGACACUCCAGGAGGGAAAGCGGCCCCACCUAGCGCUCCAGAAAUCCCAGACAGUCGCUGCCUCGAUAAUUUGUGUAUUUUCUGCGGGGAGAGGAGUGAAUCCUUCACAGAAGAAGGCCUGGAUCUCCAUUACUGGAAGCACUGCCUCAUGCUGACGCGAUGUGACCACUGCAGACAGGUGGUGGAGAUAUGCAGCCUGACGGAGCACUUGCUGACGGAGUGUGACAAGAAGGCCAGCUUCGGGAAGUGUCACCGCUGCAGUGAGGCUGUUGUGAAGGAAGAGCUGCCCAGACACAUCAAAGCCAAAGACUGCAACCCUGCCAAACCGGAGAAGCUAGCAAACCGGUGUCCUCUGUGCCACGAGAAUUUCACCCCUGGAGAAGAGGCAUGGAAGGCGCACCUGAUGGGCCCUGCCGGCUGCACAAUGAACCUGCGCCGGACACACGUGCUGCACAAGGCCCCCGUGCCGCCGCCAGGGAAAGGCCCAGCCACGAGCACCAUAGGGACCUCAGUGUCAAAGGUCGGCAGCAAGAUCCCGACACCCAGGGGGGGCCUGAGGAGAGGCUUGGGCAGGACAUUCACAAAGCGGUGACACCGUGGGCACUGAGCCACCUCCUGACCUGACCACACCCAGUCUCCUGAAGGCCACCUCUGGGUGUGGCGACCCCUGCACUCCACCCCUGCUGCCCUGGGCUCCUGCCAUGCUGUCCUCACUGUGGGCGCCCGUGUGGAGCCGAGCCAAGAGCCCGCGUCCAGAGUCCGGCCCUGCCCUCACUGUCGCUCUGGCCAUCAGGUUUCCACCGUUCUCGGGUCUCAGGCCCAGUGUCAGUGCCAGAGCGACACUCUGUUCGAAUAGGAUCCGGAGCCAUUGCCCCAGUCGCGCGCUGGACCAGGCGCCACUCAGGCCGGGUGCAGGGGCCUGGUGUGAGCACAGCGCCCCUCCCUCCGCGGCUUGGAGCGGUUCCCAUAAAAACCCCGCUGCACACCCUUCCUAUAUCGGUCUCUCUCGCCCGUGGUAGCAGGUCCGCAGGGCAUCUCCCCCGGGCACCGAGCCCCACAGGGCAGCAGACCCCACGUGGUCCACGGCAGGAGAACUAAGGUCAAGACCGCAGCCCUCAGUACAGCCCCCUCGCUCCCCCUGGCCAGAUGCUCAUGAGGGUCUCUGCCCACUUGGCCCCACCCCUGCUGGCCCCCUCAGGGAUCUGGGGUAACACUGGCGGCUCCACGUCAGGCCCCUCCUGGGGUGCUUCCAGUCCUUUACACGCAUGAAGCCCUAAAGAAUAUGCAACACCCUGCCACUGACUGCUCUGCGCUCGCCUGGGCGUGUCGGUCACGGCAGACGGAGCAGCCCCAGCACCUGCCCUGUGUGUGACGGUCACGAGGGGGCCUCCCACACGGGCCAGCGGCCCAGCACCUGCUCACCCGCCGCCCCAUCCCGCCCAGAUCCGAGCUGGAAUUAAACUGCAAGUUCACUUUCCUCGAACACUUUGUAUGACACUCUAACACCAAAAACUACUUCAAAUGAUGAAACCAAACCUCCAAAUCCAGCCUCCUAACCAGCUCCUGAUCCACCAUCCCGUCCCGUGGAACUGGUUCAACUUGCUUCACAUCCGGGUAGCUGCAGAGAAAAGCCAGCCUGUGUCUGAAACUUGCCGUCCAUGCCUGUGGUCCCCAGGGGCCCCCUCCACCGGAGACCGGAGGAAGCUGGCCCUCCCCACCCCACCCCGUGCCCAGAGGUGGGCCUCCCUCCUGAGCGUCACGGGGCUCAGGGACACAAACACGGGGUCGGUGACUCCCAGGCUACACCAUUGGCGGAUGAGAAUCUUUCAUUCCCAUCCACGUGAAAUAACAAAACCCAUUUUUUAAAAAAUUAAUAGCUAUUUAAGCAAGGUAUUCCUUGGGUAUGUUAGUGACCAUGAAUUUGCACUAAUCAAUCUCCAUUUUUGGUAAACUAGUAUCUCUCAUAUGGUUGACUCAAAACAGUGAGCAAGAAUGUGACUGACCAAGAGAAUUCCCUUCAAAACUGUACUCAGUUUAAAAGCAUGGGGGAGAAGGGAACACUGCACCAGAGCGGAGGACGGACGCCAGAACAGUUACAGAGUGACGCUUCCUGGUCUCAGAAAGGUGCUCCUCGAUCCCCUAACCCGUUGCUGAGGCACAGAGAAAACACUUGUUUACAUAGAACAAUGAGGAAAGGUAGCCAAGAAAUUAUUCUUUUCUCUUCAGUCAGAACUUCCCAGAAAUACAUACGGUAUGUUUUCUAUGUAGUGUAACUUAAAGAAGAUAAUUGUAAAAAUACUAAAUUUUUAGUGAUUGACAAACAAAAUCGAGCGCACUUAAAGCAGAUUAGCCCUGCUGCUUACAGAAGAACCAUGUGUUUACGUUCAGAUGAUUCCCGGCAGAGAUUAGUGUCUAUUAAAAGCUUUACAGGGUGCAGUACUAUUAAGGAACCAGGAAUAAAGGGUGAGAAGUGAAAAAGGACCUGUAAGCUCCCUUGGCCGUUCGUGAAUAAAUAUCUAAACUCGGAACAGUAAUUAAUAACAAAUUUCAUUCAGGAAUUUGUCGUCAGUACUUAACACUAUUUAUUUUUAUUAUUUAUACUUCAAAAUAUUCUAUCAGUCUAACUUAAAAGAACUGUAUCUAUAAAUUUGGCAUUAGAAUACAAAUGUAAAUACUCCAUGAAAAUUUACAGCUUUUUAACGUUUUAACAUCAUUUUCUAUUUGUCUUUAUUUCAGGUACCAGAAUUAUCAAAUAAGUAAUAUAUUUUUGCUGUUAUUUUAAGGUUUAGGGGUUAAUUCAUCUGAGCAUAUUAAAAUAAUAAAAAGAUUACUAAAUGUUUUGUCGCUUUUAAUUUUAGAUCAUGAUUAAAAAGCAGUUCGUAAAUGACACUGACUUCCGUCAACACGCAGGUGCAGCCCAGGCCGGAAGCCUCAGAGAACCGCUGAGAUUCGCUGGGCAGAGGGCAGAGGGCGUGAAGUUGCUCUGGGAGAGUUUGGUUCCUAAAAUAAGUUACCUGUCAAGACGGGUUUACUGCUGAAGAAGCUGACAGGUUUUAAGCUGUCUACAAAUUAAACUAGUGACCAGUUUUAGCCUGUGGAAUAAAGUGAUAAUUUUAUAAAUGCUCUAACUGUGCCCAGGAGAGGUUCACACAUUAUAGUCCCUCUGCUCUUUCCCCUUUGAGAGAGGGUACUUCUACCAGCCAAC